AUAAAUAAGAUUUGCUAGUCCUUGAAUGAAGUGCUUGGGAAGUCUUUAAAUGCCACAGUCAACCGCCAUUUCAAAGAAAAGAAAAUAGAUGGUUUUGGAAAGUUCAUGCUGUUUCUUCAUUGAAUUUUAGAAUGAUUGAAGAUAGUGGGAAAAGAGGAAAUACCAUGGCAGAAAGAAGACAGCUGUUUGCAGAGAUGAGGGCUCAAGAUCUGGAUCGGAUCCGACUCUCCACCUACAGAACAGCGUGCAAGCUUAGAUUCGUUCAGAAGAAAUGCAAUUUGCACCUGGUGGACAUUUGGAACGUCAUAGAAGCAUUGCGGGAAAAUGCUCUGAACAACCUGGACCCAAACAUAGAACUCAAUGUGGCCCGCUUGGAGGCUGUGCUCUCCACCAUAUUUUACCAGCUCAACAAACGGAUGCCAACCACUCACCAAAUCCAGGUGGAGCAGUCCAUCAGCCUCCUGCUUAACUUCCUGCUGGCAGCCUUUGAUCCGGAAGGCCAUGGUAAAAUUUCAGUAUUUGCUGUCAAAAUGGCUUUAGCCACGUUGUGUGGAGGGAAGAUCAUGGACAAAUUAAGAUAUAUUUUCUCAAUGAUUUCUGACUCCAGUGGGGUGAUGGUUUAUGGACGAUAUGAUCAAUUUCUGCGGGAAGUUCUCAAAUUACCCACAGCAGUUUUCGAAGGUCCUUCGUUUGGUUACACAGAACAGUCAGCUAGAUCCUGUUUCUCUCAACAGAAAAAAGUCACCUUAAAUGCUUUCUUGGACACGCUCAUGUCAGAUCCUCCCCCGCAGUGUCUGGUCUGGCUGCCCCUUCUGCAUCGACUGGCAAAUGUAGAAAAUGUCUUCCAUCCAGUUGAAUGUUCCUACUGCCACAGUGAGAGUAUGAUGGGAUUUCGCUACCGAUGCCAACAGUGUCACAAUUACCAGCUCUGUCAGGACUGCUUCUGGAGGGGACACGCUGGUGGUUCCCAUAGCAACCAGCACCAAAUGAAAGAGUACACAUCAUGGAAAUCACCCGCUAAGAAGCUAACUAAUGCGUUAAGCAAGUCUCUGAGCUGUGCUUCCAGCCGUGAACCUUUGCACCCCAUGUUUCCCGACCAGCCCGAGAAGCCACUCAACUUGGCCCAUAUCGUGCCACCCAGACCUGUGACCAGCAUGAAUGACACCAUGUUCUCCCACUCUGUCCCCUCCUCAGGAAGUCCUUUUAUUACCAGGAGUAUGCUUGAGAGUUCAAACCGGCUCGAUGAAGAACACAGGCUGAUCGCCAGGUACGCGGCAAGACUGGCAGCAGAGUCCACUUCGUCUCAACCGACUCAGCAGAGAAGUGCUCCUGACAUCUCCUUCACCAUUGAUGCAAAUAAGCAACAAAGGCAGCUGAUCGCAGAACUAGAAAACAAGAACAGAGAAAUCUUACAGGAGAUCCAGAGGCUGCGGCUAGAGCAUGAACAAGCUUCUCAGCCCACUCCAGAGAAGGCGCAGCAAAACCCCACUCUGCUGGCAGAACUCCGGCUCCUCAGACAGCGCAAGGAUGAGCUGGAGCAGAGAAUGUCUGCUCUCCAGGAGAGCCGGAGAGAGCUAAUGGUCCAGUUAGAAGGUCUCAUGAAGCUACUAAAGGAAGAAGAACUGAAGCAGGGAACCCAGGGGGCAGGAUCUCCUCGCUCCUCCCCCAGCCACACCAUCAGCAGGCCCAUCCCCAUGCCUGUCCGGUCCGCGUCAGCCUGUACCACCCCAACCCACACGCCUCAGGACUCCCUCACAGGGGUAGGGGGAGAUGUACAGGAGGCGUUUGCACAAAGUUCAAGAAGAAAUUUAAGGAAUGACUUACUAGUGGCAGCGGAUUCCAUCACUAACACCAUGUCCUCUCUCGUGAAAGAGCUGAAUUCCGAGGUGGGGAGUGAAACCGAGAGUAAUGUGGAUUCUGAAUUUGCACGGACUCAGUUUGAGGAUCUGGUCCCGUCACCAACCUCUGAAAAGGCUUUUCUUGCACAAAUCUAUGCCCGAAAACCCGGGUACCUUCACAGUGGAGCCACCCCGAGCAGUAUGCGCGGUGACAUGGUUGCAGAAGAUGGGGAUCCCUAUGUGCAGCCAGAGGAUGAGAACUAUGAAAAUGACUCAGUCCGGCAGCUAGAGAAUGAGCUCAGGAUGGAGGAAUAUCUGAAGCAGAAGCUGCAGGAUGAAGCCUACCAGGUCAGCUUGCAAGGUUGAAUACAAUAUCCUUUUAUCACUCUCCUCUCAAGCAAGCUCUAGUCAGACAGAUGAUGAAAGUAACAUGAAAGCUGGUGAUGGAGGCGAGUGCUGCACCCACGCACACAGAGGAGAAGACAGCAGCCUGGCAGCAACCUCACCGGAGAGGACCCACCACAUGCAGCAGCUCCUGACAGACCCUACCCCUAAAGACGUGUUCUGCCGACCGUAGUGCAGCUAACUUUUUGUUCUAAGAUUUAUAGUUCAUAGGUGUGUGUUUUGAGAAGGAAAAAAAAAAGACUUCUGUUCACAGCUAACUUAUCGGCUACAUCUUCUGUAACAUGGCUCAUCCCUCAAAAAAAAAAAAAAAAAAAAAAAAACAGGCUGAACCCCAUGCUGCUGUGACGAUGGCAGUGUUAACAAGCAUUUGAAACCUUUGCACAUGAUAUUGAACCUGUUCAGUUUACAAUUACAAUAUUAAUACUGUUUAUAGCUAGAAGUUUGAUUUCUGAAUUGUUUGAGAUUUUAGCAAAACAGUUUAUUAUACACUGUACAUUUUUUUCCACAGCAAUUGGAAAAAAACAACCACUUGCAAUUAUUCAGUAACCCUGAAGGAUUGGUUCCUGAGUGUACAGACUCAGAGCCCAGAAGCCAAGAAGGGUCCUUGGCAGGCACGGUCUGCAGUGGUCUCCAAGUCUCUGUGAGCAGUGACUUGAACCAAACACACCAGGAUAAUCCAGUCUUUGGGGCUUCUUUCCAACUUGGGGUUGUUUUCUUUCAAGAUACUCUAACCAAUCAGCCAUAGAAUUUAGUGUAAAUAUUUUUUCCAAAUAGAUAUCAUAUUCAAAAAAAGGCAACAUUCAAAUUAUAUAGAAUCUAGUUUUUAAAAUCAGCACAGAUCUUCUUAAAAACUGUGAACUCUGUUUUGAAACACUCAUUACUAAAGCUGUUUAUAAACCACAGGUGCCAUAGGAUCCCCAAACAGACUCAAGUUUUCUCUGCUCCUCCAUGGUCUUGUUCCUCUCGUUUUAGCUUUAGGGAGCACGUCUCUAACAGCACUGCUCAUCCAUCAAUUCCCCUAUCGGGUUGUUUGGAGGCCUUCAGCUUUAAAUGUACAGGCUUAAAGUGCGCUUGCAAAAGUUCACUCUCCUUUUAUUUCUGAAUGUUUAUCGCCUUAGCCGGCUUCCUGGUGUUCUGCAUGCAGCCUUCUGUGGUCGUGUGAGGAAACAGGCUCUUCUAAGUUGAGUUGGGAUUUUGCACUCAGCACAAAGCUGCUGUGCAAAAGAGCUGUCAAAGGAGGGAGAAGGAAAGACUGUUGAUGGUCCUUGGUCAGGCACCUCUCUGGGGAGCGCUAAAGAAAUGGGGUUCUGGGGAAAUGAAAAAAUAAUCUUCUACGUCUCAAGAUGUGAUGAAACAAAAAUCCGGCAACUUACUGGAUAUGUUAUACUUAAAUUGGCAGCUUCUCUGGAAUUCCUGUUUCUCCUUUAAAAGAGAGAAGAGACCAUCAUUUUAGAACAGUGAUUCUCAAAGUGUGUUCCCUGGACCAGCAGCAUCAGCAUCACUUGGGAAUUUAUUAGAAAUGGAAAUUCUUAGGUCCUAACCCUGGCCUACUGAAUCAAAAACUCUGGGAGUGGGGCCCAGCAAUCUGUGUUUUAUUAAGCCCUGCAGGCAAUUCUGAUGCACACUAAAGGCUGAGAACCACUGCUUUAGAAUAAAGUCGUAUAAUAAAAUCUCUGAAAAGACCCUCUUCAGAAUAAGCAAGAAAGGUUCUGAGUCAACCUCAAAGCUUCAGCAAUUUGAUUUUGCUUCCAGGGCUGGCAAAAACCUCCUCCCACUCCACAUAGUCAGCAGUCGGUGGGUGCCGAGCUGAGCACAAGCAUCUUGACAUCUUCCAGCUCCCUCUGCAGAGGGCUCUAAGAUGUUCACAUCUCUGCAUUUGCUCAGAAAUCAUCUCCUUGGCUGCCCUUUGGAACAAAAUCACUUGCCUUGGGGAUAGUAAAGCUUUUGGUUGGCAUUAGUAAGGAGCCCAUUCUGUCCAUUGAUGUACUUCAUCGUACAUCCCUCCAGAGAACCAGCCUGACAAAUGGCCCUGGGAACAGGCUGACACCACAGUGGCACAACUGCAUAGUUCUCAGAUUUCUUUGCACAGGUGGAUUUUAUUGCGGGUUUUGUUGGUGUAUCUUAACGUUCAUCUCCUUUCCACUGCCCAUCUUUUGUGAAACCACACCUCUCUAGAUGGAGCAGGUGGCCCCUCGUGCCUCAUACUCGGUACUUAAAACCACUACAUCUCAGCUGCCUACAUCGCUGUCAGCUCUAAAUCAUAGCCAGGUGGUUCUUGAACUCGGAACUCAGACCCCACAAGUAGCAUCCAGCCACUGGCUGGAUUGAGAUGACGUCUGCUGUUAUUUUAUGUUUCUACAUCAAAACAUUUGUCUAAAGUUUGAACUGUUUUGCCGAUAACCUUCCCCCGUCGUAGCUUUCAUUGCCAACUCCAUCACAUGGUUGUUGAUACCAUCGUACAAAGCCAUUGCAAGGACUCUGGAAACUGCUGCCAAUGACCAAUCCCUGACUAACCAGCCACCUUUUCUUUCUCUUAGCUCCACGUCAGCACUGAGACCAGACUCAAGCACCCCUGUCCUGUAACCAAGACAAAAUGGCGUGUGUUGUUUUGGGUUUUUGUGUUUUUUGGUGGGUUUCUUUCCUUGGCUCUCCAGAUUUACUUUUGGGGCCUGUUCUAAGUGCAAACCCAGCAGGUUUCACCUGUCCUGUCCUUUAGAUACAAUUAUAUCUUGCGAGGGUUGUUUCUUUCUUGUUCCACAAUGAAUUGCACAUCCAUCUCCAUCAGAGAUGAUGGCCUAUCAACGAGCACUGGUCUAACACAGCCAACCAUCCCCCACAGCACCAUGUUAAUGGAGGGAGGGAGGAGGGUGAAAUCUACUGUAUGGGAUUAGGAAUCAGUUGUGGUUGGUCAGGGCGGAAGUCGGGGUAAGUUUGGUUGGUCAGAGAGAGAUGUGCUGGAGAUCGUGAAAAAUGGAUUCUCGAAUGAUCUACUCUAAGGCAGGGAAGGUUCAUUUGUAAGUAGUAAUGUGAACUGAAUUGCAUAAGAGUGUGGCCUUUGUCGUGAUAUACUAUGUAUUUUCUUAUAUGCAUGAGCCAAAACUGUUGCAUCAUAAUUUAGCACUGAUGUCUGCUUUUAUUUUGAUCAUCUUUGUCCACCCUUAUUAGUUCUUGGCUGUUAACUGUAGAUAGACCUUGUAAAUACGGCAACCUUUGGUUGCUGCAACCACCUUGGUUCGAUUCCGUGCAAGGAGCCACAAACAAGAACUCCACUGUGUCCUCAGAAGAAAGGGCAUUUUUACUUUUGAACCAAAAAGAGAAAAAAAUCAGAAGCGUUACAUCUUGAGGCUAAUUAACUGUAAGACAUUUUUAAUUAUGACUGCUGUAAUUUGACACCAUUUGAAAUAACCAAUUCAGAGACACUAAAGAUUUCACAAUAUUCAUUGGUAUUGUAACAAAACUACUAUUGUAUGGGUUUUUUGUAUUGCUGUUAAGUAUUGUUUUGUGUGUGUGUGUGUGUUGGAACCUCCUGGGGACAUGUUAUAUUUUGAAGUGAUUAAACUAUUUAAUUGUGUGUCUAUAUUUUGGAAUGGAAUUAUUUCUUCAUUAAAAAAUGUUUUUAAAAACACUA